UACAGCAUUCAAACUUUCAGCCUCAGAGCGAUCACACAGCUAGAGGAGAGGAGAAAGAAGGAAAAAAGAAAAAGGAAGACAUCUGACAAAGUCUUUGGAGCAUGAACAGACUCACAUUAGCGGCUUUCCUCUUGGCACUGGGGUUUCUUGUCUGCGAAGGUAACCCAUGUUGCUCAGACCCAUGCCAGAACAGGGGCGUUUGCACAGCUCUUGGCUCAGACAAUUAUGAGUGUGAUUGUACGCGUACAGGAUUUCAUGGACACAACUGCACAACGCCUGAAUUCCUCACAUGGCUCAAAAUCUCCCUGAAGCCAUAUCCAAACACUGUCCACUACCUUCUCACCCACUUCAAGGGUUUCUGGAACAUCAUCAACAACAUCUCAUUUCUCCGGGAUGCCAUCAUGAGAUACGUGCUGACAUCCCGAUCACACCUGAUUGAUAGUCCUCCAACUUUCAAUUCAGAUUAUGGUUACAAAAGCUGGGAAGCCUAUUCAAACCUUUCCUACUACACGCGCACCCUCCCCCCUGUACCUGAGGAUUGCCCAACCCCGAUGGGAGUAGUAGGUAAAAAAGAUCUUCCGGAUGCUAAGCUGUUGGCUGAGAAGCUUCUGAUGAGGAGACAGUUUAUCCCAGACCCACAAGGAACCAGCCUGAUGUUUGCAUUCUUCGCACAGCAUUUCUCACACCAGUUCUUCAAAUCUGAUAUGAAGAAAGGACCCGCUUUUACCCUCGCUGAAGGUCACGGGGUGGACCUCAGCCACAUUUACGGAGACAAACUGGAGAGGCAACACAAGCUCAGACUCUUCAAGGAUGGCAAGCUUAAAUACCAGAUCCUGGAUGGAGAAGUGUACCCCCCGACAGUAAAGGAAGUGGGCGCUGAAAUGCACUACCCUCCUCAUGUCCCUGACUCUCACCGCUUCGCUGUGGGCCACGAGGCUUUCGGCCUGGUCCCCGGUCUGAUGAUGUACGCCACCAUCUGGCUACGGGAACACAACCGGGUGUGUGAUGUGUUGAAGGAGGUCCACCCUGACUGGGACGACGAGAGGCUCUUUCAGACCGCACGGCUCAUUCUGAUCGGAGAGACCAUCAAGGUCGUGAUUGAGGACUACGUGCAGCACCUGAGCGGUUAUCACUUCAAGCUCAAGUUUGACCCCGAGCUGCUGUUCAACCAGCGCUUCCAGUACCAGAACCGCAUUUCAUCCGAGUUCAAUACCCUGUACCACUGGCACCCACUUAUGCCUGACACUUUCAACAUUGAAGAGAAAGAAUACAACUACAAACAGUUCGUCUUCAACACGUCAGUUGUGACUGAGCAUGGCAUCAGCAACCUUGUGGAGUCGUUUACAAAGCAGGUCGCAGGACGGGUUGCCGGUGGCCGAAAUGUCCCAGGACCUAUCAUGUAUGUGGCCAUUAAGUCUAUUGAAAACAGCAGACAGAUGCGCUACCAGUCUCUGAACGCCUACAGGAAGAGAUUCUCCAUGAAGCCAUACAGCUCUUUUGAAGACAUGACAGGAGAGAAAGAAAUGGCUGCCAUUCUUGAGGAGAUGUACGGGCAUGUCGACGCUGUGGAGCUUUACCCAGGUCUGCUGGUGGAGAAACCCAGGACCAACGCUAUCUUCGGGGAAACCAUGGUAGAGAUGGGAGCACCUUACUCCCUCAAGGGCCUAAUGGGAAACCCCAUCUGUUCCCCGGAGUACUGGAAGCCCAGUACAUUCGGAGGCACCGUGGGCUUCGAAAUCGUCAACACCGCCUCCCUGCAGAGGUUGGUUUGCAAUAACGUGCGGGGCCCCUGUCCUGUUGCGUCCUUUCUCGUGCCUGACGUAAAAGAGACGGGGUCCACGACCAUCAACUCAAGUACAUCCCACUCAGGCAGCGGAGAUAUUAACCCUACAGUCAUUCUCAAAGAAAGGACUGAGUUCUAGUUCUAAUGUUUUAAUCUAUUAGGUAAUAUUAAUGUAUUUAUUUAUUUAUUUAUUUUUUAUAUUUAUUGUCUUAUAUUUAUAAAACGACAUAAAGUAAGUGUGACAGGAUUUUUUAUAUGAAAUUGUGAAUAUUUCUGACUGGUUUUCAGGAACAAAAGUCUGCGGUUGUGUUUAUUUAUUGAAAGAUGAUUUCUAUGAUAAGUUAUUCUUAUAGUAAUGACCUCAGUCACUGAUACUUGAUACUUGAAAGUUUGUUUACAGUUUCAACUACAUAGUAGCACACACCUCUGUUAAUUCAUAUUCAUUUUACUGUGCAGACAGUGACACACAACAUUAAGUGAGUUCACAGGUAACUCGAUGACUGAUGUAAUUUAACAUGCAGCACAGUGCAUUCCUGUUUCAGUAUUGUUUUGUUGUUUUGUCCUUAUUGUUUUCCAUCUUCAAUCUGUGUAUUGGAUUGGGUAA